AACCCAGCCCCCCCCCGCUUCUCAGUCGGCCACGUGCGCUUACAGCCGCCUCCAACCAGCGGGAAGCACGCGCUGGACUCUGCGGCUGGAAUUCAAACUUUAGCCGUCUGUCAGAGAGACCUCCAGCGGCAGAGAGGCUCGGGCGUAGAUGGAUGUAGCGGAUGAAUUAACCGGACAAAGGAGGGAAUCUGACCGACGGUGUGACGUGUCGGGGCCGAGACGAGGAUUACCGGUCUCCAACGGCGGGGGGAUUUUUUUCUCUAAAAAUAGGCGACUUUCGGCACGCGCAGCCUGCUGCAGGACUGCACGCCUCCACCGAGAGAUGCCAACCGAGAGCUCGGCUUGCUGAAAGUAAAGGAAGAUUUCUCAUUUCCCUCAAAACCGAAUUCCCCCCCUCAGAAAUGUGCUCGGAGCUCCUCGGUGGAUUAUAAGAGUCAGUUGGCAGUUGUGUGAUUUAUUGUUGAUCACGGAGGACGGAGCCGGACACCGCCCGGACCCGGAUCUUCUUACCUUGGUUUUGGGAACGAAAGAGACAGCCAGGUUCCCAGCCCUGCGUGCUGACGGAUGGGAAACGCGCACAUUACCGGAAUAUUUUGGGGUUGACAUUGUUGUUAUUAAAUAGGCCAUACCUGCAGGAAUAGCUGCUUGUUUUGGGACCAGACCAGCCGUCCAGAGCCCCAAACGGAUGCUUGGAUAGGGGAAAGGGUUAUUUGCACUCAAGGACACCCUCGGUGUUGGUGGGUGUAGUUUCUCAUAUUAUUUGGCUUUUGAAGCACAAACCGGAUCUGCGCACGGAUUUGUACCGGGACAUGAGAUGAACGUUUUCGGAAUGAAAGCUAUUUAGCCUCCCAACAUCACUUUUCUGUGCUUCAUGUGGCUUUGGAUGUCUCUCUGAGGACUGGGCUCGACUGGAGGAGCAAACGCACACGGAUGGAACGAGCUCCGACGUCCCUGUUACUUUAAACACGUUAUUUGAAUAACGUUAAUUAGGCUCGGAAAGCGAAUGGGAGGCUGGCAGGAGUUUUUGGGCAGCCGUACGACCCCUCCACCCACCCACCCUUCUUGUUUGAGGAUCUGUGUGUACGUGAGUGCUUGUCGUGGGUUUGACGGUGAAACCACCGGCACCUGGAUUCCCGCUUCGCCCCAUUUUUUCCCUUCUGUCUGACUGCGCGCGCGUCUGUUCCGGUAAUUCCGCUUUUGCCGUUGCCGCUGCUGCUUCUACCGCUGUCCGGUCCCACACACACACACACACACACACACACACACACACACACACGCACUCCCGUUUUUUGCAGCCCCAGAAAACUGCCAAGAUAGCCCCUCUCUCUCCCGGUGCGGACGGGAGAGGAGUCGCGCAGGAGAGGAGACCGGGAGUUGGUAGAAGCUGCCGAGCCCGGUCGCCGUUUUGAAAGCCUGUCGGGGCUUCUCAUUGUGAUUUAACUCAUCCGUUACCUGAGGGAUCGGGAGAGGACGGAUUCUGGAGGAAAAAGACAAGACAAGGCAAGAGGAGCUGGAGACAGAUGAAGGUGUCGGGAAGGAUUGAUCUGGCAACCAGAUGACAGAAAGGUAUGAUGGUGCCCUUGUUAGCUUGUCAUCAUGUUGUAACCCUGAGGCCAGUGAUGUGACUGGAAUUUGAAUUCACCAUAAAAGGACUAACUGAGGACUCCCUUCUUCCCCAAGAAACUCAGGGAAUCUUGGCAGACUUUGACAGACAGCUGGUUGAGCCAGUGACAAACUUCGAGGACAUUUAACACCCGUCUGCAGAGUCCUCCGGUCAAACCAACGUAGGCGUGCGCACCACAAGUACGUGCACGUGAACCCGGAUGAGCGCCAGCGCUGUUUCAUGCCCUGUGCGAAGAGGACGGCCCCCCUCCCUGCUAAAGAGGCUGUUGCAGAUCAAAUCCAGUCAUCGCAUCACAGCUGGACUUGGCCCAGAUUGGCUCACUCGAUAAAGAAAUAUUGAAAUCGUCCGAAUCAGUAGCCAUGGAUGUCAUCUCCUCGCUGGUUUGCCCUCUCCUCCUCGUCCUCCUGUCCACCUGCUCCUCCUCCAUGCUGUGUCCGAAGCGGUGCACCUGCCAGAACCUUCUGCCGUCCUACACGGUGCUGUGUGCCAAGACGGGCCUCCUCUUCGUCCCGCCCAACAUCGACCGCCAGACAGCCGAGCUCAGGCUGAUGGACAACUUCAUCACAACGCUGAGGCACCGCGACUUUGCCAACAUGUCCAGCCUGAUUCACCUGACCCUGAGCAGAAACACCAUCAGUCAGAUCCGGCCGUACGCCUUCGCUGACUUGCAGGAUCUCCAUGCUCUCCACCUGGACGCCAACCGCCUCACCACCCUGGACGACUCCCACUUCCAGGGCCUGGUGAACCUGAGGCACCUCAUCCUGGCCAACAACCAGCUGCACAGCAUAUCAGAGGGAGCCUUUCAGGACUUCCUGGAGACUCUGGAGGACUUGGAUUUGAGCUACAACAACCUGGUGGACAUUCCCUGGGAGACCAUCGCCCUGCUGGUCAGCGUCAACACCCUCAGCCUCGACCAUAACCUCAUAGAGAGCGUCCCCGAGGGGAUCUUCUCCAACCUGCACAAACUGGCCAGACUGGACAUGACUUCCAACAAGCUGAAGAAGAUUCCUCCAGAUCCGUUGUUCCUGCGGAUCCCGGUGUACGCAAAGAUGAAGGGUUCUCCUCUCACGGCGCUGGUGUUAAGUUUUGGUGGAAACCCUCUACACUGUAACUGUGAGCUGGUCUGGCUUCGCAGACUGACCAGAGAGGACGACCUAGAGACCUGCGCUUCACCUAAAGACCUGGCUGGCAAAUACUUCUGGACCAUUAGAGAGGAGGAGUUUGUUUGCGAGCCACCGAUGAUAACUCGUCACACCUCCAAGAUGUUUGUGAUGGAGGGUCAGGAGGUCAGCCUGCGCUGUAAGUCCAUUGGAGAUCCAGAGCCUUCGACACAUUGGGUCAGUCCCGAUGGAAAGCUGAUCGGCAACACGUCCAGAACCAUCUGCUACGAGAACGGCUCGCUGGACAUCCUCAAGGCCUCAGUCAAGGAUUCUGGAAAGUUCACAUGCAUAGCAUCUAAUGCAGCUGGGGAGGCCACCGCUCCUGUUGAGUUAGUCGUCAAUCCUUCACCACACUUUGACCCUAAACUGGACCCCGACCCGGGGCCUUCGGACAUCCCCACAUCUAUCAAGUCCAACAUCAGUGGAGGUCAGGCCCGGUCCGACCAGCAGAGGGUCAGCGUGUCGGAUCUAACGUCCAGUUCUGCUACCAUCAGAUGGCCCCCGCAGAACCACAUACCAGGAGUUCGCAUGUACCAGAUCCAGUACAACAGCUCCACAGACGAUAUACUCAUAUACAGGAUGAUCCCGGCCAACCACAAGUACUUUCUGCUGAGCGACCUCGCGUCAUCGCGGGACUAUGAGCUGUGUGUUUUGGCCGUCUACGAUGACGGGAUCACCGCCCUGACAGGCACCAAGCUGGUGGGCUGCGUGUCCUUUAGUACGGAGACAGAGUACGGACGCUGUCACUCUAUACGAGACCAGUUCCUGGGAGGUACCAUGAUCAUCAUCAUCGGGGGGAUCAUUGUGGCAUCUGUCCUUGUCUUCAUCUUCAUCCUCCUGAUGAAGUACAAGCUGCACAGUAACCACUACAAACAGAAAGCUGCCGCACGCCAUGCCAACGUCUGUUCCCAGACCAAUGGAGGAGGAGGGGGGGGAGCCAACGUCCUCGCUCUGCCUCCAUCUUCCUCCUCUGCAGGGCAGGGUGGAGGUGCUAAUAAAAACUCCCAACCAUCAUCAUCAGCAGAAGGGAUGGGAGGAGCUUCUCUUCGGGGGACGACUGUAGUGGACUUAAAUCCCACCCAUGACGAUGACGCCAUCUCCCAAUAACACACAAGAAACUGUCAAUCAAACCCACAACCUACCAAUCUCUAAGCCCAAACCAAUACUCCACCUCCCUCCCCCUUUUUUUGAUUUGUUGCUGGUGCCUGGAUCCAAACUCCACUUUACGCCGAGGAGCGGCUCCUGUCACUGAACCACUUUUCCCAUCAGCCUCAUUGCUUCCUGUCCCCCCAGUAAAUGAAUUAUGUCCAUACUGGACGAUUCUGCACAUCAAGACUUACAUCCAGUGCCAACGUUCAGUGGUCAUACAGGAAAUAAUUUACUUACGUUCAGCUUCACAGCGCUGCAGGGAGAAGAGGCGGCAGAGGUGUCCCAGUGGUUUGCAUGGUCACAUCCUUCUAGUGAGCCCUGAUGAUCAGGUAUUCCACCCAGAGACGCACCCUACCCACUGACGCCACCUCACCCCAGAACUCAUGUGAACAUCCUGUGGGCAGCCAGAGGAGGAUAAACAGCCUACCUGUUGACAUGCAAAAGGCUCCACAACGUUGGGAUCGAAUAAGAUGGAUACAGGUCAGGCUCUGGGCUUUGGAACCUGCUCAUGUUCGGUGCUUAACUGGGGCUUGAAACCUUGGAUCAGAGGAAUCAGAGUGAACACAGUCUGGAAUUCAAUGAUCUGAUGGGGUUUAAAGGGUGUCGAGUGGAUUUAGUCUCUGCAUUUGACAGUUGCAAUCCAUGCGGACACUAAAUGCUGCCCUGGUAAUAUACUGAACGGAUUAAUGUGGAUUUGGGAAAACCCAUUGUAUGACAUUUUUCCAGGAUCUUCUCGAUUGUUUUUUGUCAAUGGUCAGUGGCACCGCUCUCCUCUUUCCCCAGCAUACAGUCAUAUGCCAAAGGAUUACUACAGUAUUAUGACAGCAUUAUUACAAUAUUGGGAGAAUAUUCAGACUUCCAAAAGCACACCUCUCUGUUAUCUCUUAGCAGUCAAAGAGAAAAUACAUGUUGGGCCUUGGACUGAAAAUACGAGCACAUUGUCAACGUCUUGUCUCACAGCAUCAAUAAUAACAAACUGUCAAACUAAACGGUGAACUUCUCUGGCACUUUAAUAGUAUGUUUUCAUCUCAUCUCUCUUCCCCUCCUUCCCGCUCUCUCUCUCUCUCUCUCUCUCUCUCUCUCCCUCCCUCUCAUUUUCAUGAACAACUGAAUAGUAUACUCUCCAGUAUUACCAAUCUAACUCUUCUGGCUGCGAAAGACUUAGAUGAUGUUGAAAUAAUCUGUGUUUGCGUCCAUGGUGGAUUGGUUCUCUCUAUGUUGGAGUAUUAAAAAAAACCUUGGUGUCCCGAGAAUGGAGCCUUGAGGAACACCAGCGAGGAUUUCUCGCCAAACUUAAAGCACAGACGUCUGGCUCUACAUUUGAUGGUGAAAAUGGUGAAUUCUGAUGUUCUGUUUGACACUGGAAAGCAACUGUACCUGUACGAAACAAUGGUGAACUUGACCAUAAGUGUUCCUAUUACUAAAAGCUGGCACUUGAGAUCGUUAAAUGUAUUAAGCGGUUUUAAAAGAUGGCCAGCAGAACUUGCGCUGUCCCGUCCCCUACCUCCCCCUUGCUCCCCCUUUGCCGUUUGACAGUGUCUGUGUUUGUAUGUGACAUACACCUUACAGUCUUCGUUGGUUUGAUACCCAUGAUUUACUUUGAAUAUAACGAAACAAAUGACCACAAUAAGGAGAAAAAACACAACAACAUACGAAAUGGGGAUUUUAUGCUUUCAUAGAUACAAUUAUGUGGAUUUAUAAUGAAAUAAAAAGGUAUUUUUCUUGGA